AUGGGUUUACUAGAGAGCCUGUUGCAAAUUCUGCAGGCAAUAUUGUGUGGGUCAGGAAAGGCCGAUGAGAGCCAUGGACAACAACAGCAACAACAGCAACAGGCAUCUGCUUGGCAGCAGCCUCCUGGAGCAGCUCAUCAAUACCCUCCUACUUACCAUGAGCCGAGUAAACCAUAUCAUGCUCGGAUAGACGAUAAUGCACAAGCCCAGGCAAAUCCUCACUACCAAGAGCUACGGUCACGAGCUCGCGAAGAAGGCGAUGCAAUGGCUAGGGCAUUCGAUGCGUCACAAGAGGCAUAUCAGAGUGGUGAUGGUGCCAAAGCCAAGGAACUUUCAAACGAAGGGAAGAGACACAAAGCCGAAAUGGAGCGGUUGAACAAGGAGGCCAGUGAUUGGAUAUUUGAGAAGGUUAACUUGGACUCAGCGCCCGAUGAACUUGACUUGCACGGUCUUUACGUCAAGGAAGCAAUCGAGAGAACAGAGGCUGCAGUUGAGGCCGCACAAAGCCGUGGGGAUGAACAAAUUCGUAUCAUAGUCGGCAAGGGGCUACAUUCUCAAGGACAUGUCGCAAAACUCAAGCCAGCAAUCGAAGAACUAAUGGUUAAGUAUCAAUUGAAUGCUCAUAUCGACCCUGAAAAUACUGGGGUCCUGGUGGUCCAGCUUGGAGGUCACGGCCAACGUGGAAUGGAUUCAAAUGAGGUUACGCGUAGACUUGAGCGAGCAGCAUUUGCUUCGUACCUGGCACUACGCGCUCAUGCCAGACAUGUGCACAAAAAGGGUAUUGAACAAAGGCGCAGGUUAACUGUCAACAGGAACGGGGGAUCAAUCGUGGUAGGAUUCUUCCAUCCUUACUGUAACUCUGGAGGAGGGGGCGAGAGAGUCCUCUGGGCCUCUAUUGCAUAUCUACAGCGAACAAACAACCAAGUGCUGAGCGUAGUAUAUACCGGUGAUACAGAUGCAACCAAAGAAGAAAUCAUUACAAAAGUCAAGACGCGGUUCGAUAUCAUUCUUGAUCCCUCGUCUUUAGAAUUUGUAUUCCUCCGAGAGCGCUGGGUCAUUGAGGACACGACUUGGCCGAGGUUCACUCUGAUCGGACAAAGCCUUGGAUCUAUGAUGCUCGCUUAUGAGGCUAUGUGCGGGCUCAUACCUGACCUGUUUAUAGACACGAUGGGAUAUGCAUUCACAUUUCACGUUGUCAGAUGGUUCUCUGGAGGAAAAACACCAAUCUCCGCAUAUGUUCAUUAUCCCACUAUUUCCACAGAUAUGCUCGCUCGGGUCAAGUCUCGUACAGCACAAUACAACAAUCCAAGCGAUAUAGCAAAAAGCGAGUUUCGUACCAAUUCUAAGCUUCUGUAUUACAACAUGUUCGCAUUGGCAUAUUCCGCGAGUCUAAGUUUGGCUCAGCCCAUUAUGGUCAAUUCUUCAUGGACCAAGAACCAUGUAGAAUAUCUUCUCACUCAUUCGCCCGUCCCAUCAGAGAGCAGCAAAAAUCUAUCGAUUGUAUACCCACCCUGCGACACGCAGGCCAUGGCUUCAUUCUCUUUGGAAGGAAGAAAGAAGAUCAUCAUGAGCCUUGCUCAGUUUAGACCAGAAAAGGAUCAUGCAAAACAAAUAAUUGCCCUCGCAAAACUAUUCGAGGCCCAUCCGGAGCACAAAGAACAAGGUGUUCGACUAGUAUUAAUCGGUAGCAGCAGAAAUACUGCGGAUGAAUAUCGUGUUGUAGCGCUCCAAGACCUUGUCAAUAAGCUCAAUCUUGAUGGAUCAGUGGAAUUCAUUAUCAAUGCUUCUUACGAUGUCGUGCUCAGCUGGUUGGCGGGUGCAUCCAUAGGGACCAAUACAAUGGUUGAUGAGCACUUUGGUAUCAACGUUGUGGAAUUUAUGGCGGCGGGUUUGAUCCCAGUCGUACAUGCUUCCGGAGGUCCGUUGAAUGAUAUAGUGGUACCAUACCAAAACCAACCCACCGGCUACCAUGCCACCGAUCCCGUUUCUUUUGCGGAGGCGUUUCACGAUGCUUUGUCGUUGCCAGCCCCGGAGGCGCUGGCUAUGCGCAAAAGAGCCCGCGCCUUGGCUGUGGAACGUUUCUCAACUGAGGGGUUUGAGAAAGGUUGGGCUCAAGGUUGGGAAUCUGCUAUUCGUAGUGUAAAAAUUUGA